AAGCGUUUCAGGCUUCAGUGGCACAAAUCCUCCAGCAAAGCUUACAAGCUGCUGCCAUUAGCUCUCUCACGACGAGCUUGCACGAGAUUGACGUGAGAGUGGAAAAAGCAGUCGCACUGAGUCCUCGGAGGAUAGAUUGCUUCACACUGCGUGGUCGCGAAUCGAAGCUCUCAGGAUUGCUUGGUGGGUGAAUUGUCUGGUUGCGGAAGUUGGUGGUGUUAGCUCUGAGAGGAGCAGAUAUGGCGGCCAUGGUGGUGGCCUCGAGCACGGCGAUGGGGAUGCCUGCCGUGGGUAGAAGGGAGUUGGGUCCUUGCUCAUCGCCCACCGCCAGGCCGCAGCUGGUGCAGUUGCCCAGUCGGAAGAAUGUAUCCAGCGUGGUGGAUACGUCGGUGGUCUUGGGAAAAGUGAAUGCGCGGUCCAGGGAAAGUAGCUUUCCAGUCACACGGAGUGCGUUGGUAGAGAAUCCUUCUCCGCAUAAACACGAGUCAUAUACGGUGGGUGACUUCAUGACACCUAUGACGGAGUUAUAUUGUGCAACAGAAAACACCACAAUAGAUGAAGCACUAGAGGUCCUUGUCGAUAGGCGCAUCACUGGGAUGCCUGUGGUCGACGACACUGGAGCUUUGGUGGGGGUUGUCUCCGAUUAUGAUCUAUUAGCGCUUGACUCAAUAUCAGGGCAAAGACAACCUGAAACUAGUUUAUUUCCGGAGGCAGGCAGGACGUGGAAGGCAUUUAAAGAGAUCCAGAAAUUGUUAGUUAAAACUAAUGGAAAGACAAUUGGAGAUGUGAUGACCCCAUCACCCCUCGUUGUUCGUAAACAAACCAACCUUGAAGAUGCAGCAAAAGUUUUGCUGGAUACCAAAUUUAGGCGCUUGCCUGUUGUUGAUCAGGAUGGUAAAUUGGUGGGUCUUUUGACAAGAGGUAAUGUCGUUAGAGCUGCACUGUAUAUGAAGCGAACUGCUGAAGAUGCGCUUGGAGGAAAGAAAGCUGCAGAAGAUAUAUUCAAAGAAAUAUAAGUAUUGUUUAGUUUGUAGAUGUUAUCUAAUUCUUUUCGAGCAAGCCUUCAAAGAUCUUGCUGAUAAUGUAUUGUAGGUGUUGCACCACUGUGACGUUACCUCAGGGUUGUUAGAUACACUAAUUCUUCCACUGUCCAUGCACGCUAUGGAUUUAUUUACUCA